AAUUAUUCGUGGAUUAUUAAUUUAUUAUUGUUGUUUUGGGUUAUUCGUGUUAGUUCUUGCUUAGGAAUAUUAUUUAUCAUUAGGUAUCCUCUCUAGGAAGUUAUUGUUUACUUGUUUGGUUAGGAUGAGUUUACCUUAUUUGAGAGGGAAAGGCUCGAGAUCUACUGCGCGUGGAUCCGCACACUCGUCACAUACUCACACGUGUUACUUGAAAAGGAAGAAACGCAUCGUCCUCGGUCCCGCGAGGAAUUCCCGCGCAGAGAAAUAAACCACUCUUCUUUUAAGUCUCAGCACAACAAUACCCAGUCCUUAGGGUUUAUUCUGUUCUCUUCUUCUUCUCCCUUCUCUUCCCCGUUCUGAUUGCUGCUUUGGAAGAGACCAAGUGGCAGCUAUGCAAAACGCCGGCGGUGAUCACCACGACCGUGGUUCGAUUCCGUCAUCUGCGGGUACGGAUACGUCGGUGGCGGCGGAGCUGGCUACUACGAACUUGAAAGACGACGCCGCCGCCGCCAUACCGUCCUCCGCAUCAGACCUCAAGCAUCCCUUGCGCGAUCGGGUCCUAAUCCGAUCCAUCCUCUCCCGCCCCGACGGCGGAGCUGCGCUGGCCGGGCAGCGCAUCCGCGUCCUCGGAUGGGUCAAGACAGGGAGGGAGCAAGGGAAGGGCAAAUUCGCCUUCCUGGAAGUCAACGACGGGUCUUGCCCGGCGAAUCUACAAGUAAUUGUGGAUUCCGGCAAGGCCAAACUCGGUUCGCUGGUGGCGACGGGCACCUCCGUCAAGGUCGAGGGUUUGCUGGUGGCGCCGCCCGUAGGUACGAAGCAGAGGAUUGAGCUCCUGGUCGAGGAGGUUCUCCACGUUGGUCCGGUUGAUCUAGCUCAGUAUCCAAUUCCCAAAACCAUGCUCAGCCUGAAGUUCUUGAGGGAUUUCAUCCACCUCCGCCCCAGAACCAACCGGAUUUCUGCAAUUAUCCGAAUUCGCGAUGCCCUAGCUUUCGCUACGCACUCCUUUUUUCACGAGAACGAGUUUCGGCUGAUUCAUACCCCGAUUAUCACCACCAGCGACUGCGAGGGCGCUGGUGAGAUGUUCCAAGUGACGACGAUGGUUGGCGAGGCGGAGAAGCUGCAGAAAGGGGAGGUGGGAGUGGCUGCUAAACCUGGUAUCCCUCAGAAAGAUGGGAAGAUUGACUAUGCUGCUGAUUUCUUUGGACGUCAGGCUUUCUUGACCGUCUCUGGUCAGUUGCAACUUGAGACUUGUGCCUGUGCGGUUUGCGAUGUGUACACAUUCGGGCCGAGUUUCAGAGCCGAACACUCUCAUACUUCGAGGCAUCUGGCUGAGUUUUGGAUGGUGGAACCCGAGAUAGUUGAUGCAGAUAUUCAGGAUGCCAUGAACUGGGCAGAGGCAUAUGUAAAGUACAUGUCCCAGUGGCUAAUUGAUAAAUGCCAUGAUGACAUGGAGCUCAUGGAUGACAAAGGCUGCAUUGACCGCCUAAGAAUGGUGGCAUCGACUCCUUUUGAGCGAAUUUCAUAUACAGAAGCAGUGAAAAUCCUUGAGGAGGCUGUGAAGGGUGGUAAGAAGUUUGAUAACAAAGUUGAAUGGGGGAUUGAUCUGGCAUCCGAACAUGAGAGGUUCUUGACAGAAAAUAAGUUCCAGAAACCGGUGAUUGUUUACAAUUACCCUAAAGGAACCAAAGCUUUCUACAUGAGGCUCAAUGACGAUUCAAAGACAGUGGCUGCAAUGGAUGUCCUUGUACCCAAGGUAGGAGAGUUGAUUGGUGGAAGUCAGAGGGAGGAGAGAUACGAAGUUAUCAAAGAAAGGAUUAUGGAGAUGGGGCUGCCUCUGAAGCCAUAUGAGUGGUACCUUGACCUUCGCCGGUUUGGGACCGUAAAACACAGUGGGUUUGGGUUAGGAUUUGAACGAAUGUUGUUGUUUGCGACCGGCAUUGACAACAUCAGAGACGUUAUUCCCUUCCCAAGAUUCCCAGGAAAAGCAGAUCUGUAACUAGCUUGUUAGUUUAGAAAGAACCAGCAUGUCCAUGUAUAAGAUAUGUGUUUUCAUGUUUACAUUUGCUCAUCUUCUCUUUUCAUGAAGCUCAACCCACGAUUCCUUCCAAUGUAUGAUUUCACUUUUAUUAUAGUAUCCGCAUUAGUUUUGUUGUGGGGGCAGGAAUGAGGAUGAGUUUAGCUAUCUCACUGAAUUUCACACUAAUACUAUGUGCUAUCAAGUAUCAACAACCCAUCUUCCUUUAAACAAUAUAUUUAACUUCAAUUAUCAAAUUAUAAUAAGAUUAAUCCGGCUUAUACGUCUUUCUUGAGAACUCACUCAAUUUCGGUAUAUUUGACACUCAUUGUUACAUAUUAUUUGAAGAAAAAUUCUAUUUUCUUACGAUUAAACAAAGAAAAAACCGUUCAGAAACCAAAUAGAGAUGCUAGGUAGGUUAAUUUAGUCCAAUUCGUAGUUGAAGUCUUUCACUUAUUCGAAGUGUCAUUGGGUGAAAAUAUGAAUAAAGAUAAGUCAAAGUAAGAGAAAUAAAAUAGAUGUUGAGAUAAAUUAAGGCAGAAUGGAGGUCAUAGGUAAAGACGGAGCAAGCUAGUGCGCAAGUAGUCAGUGGCAGAGCCAGAAAAUUGGUCAAGGGGGUGUUUUUUCCAUACCACAAAAAAAUCAAAUGCAUAAUAGAAAAUAUAUUCUAAAUGAAAUAAAACGUCAUCAAAAUAAUACUAUAGAUUCACAAUAAUAGUCCAAACGCAUGUCACUUACAUACGAACCGAAGGAUUUCAUAUGAUUAAAAGCAUUAUAAAAUACAUUUAAGGUACAAAGUAGCACAAAGUUCUUGUUCAAUAUGUCAUUAAUGCAUCUUUCAUUUAGUUAUUGUGACGGUAGGAUUUAGUGAAUAUCGUAGGCGUCCAUUUGAGAAGGCGGAGGCUAUCUAAGGAGUGGUUAUCCCCACUUGUGAAUCCAUUCAUAAAUCAUCCAAGUGUUGGAUAAUACAACUCUAACGAGAGUUCUCUCCAUUAUUAUGAGUCGAGCGAGUGUGAGUGAAAACUGACUGAGUUCUCUAACGCGACUUGAGUGCUAAAACUACUUGAAAAGAAUUUAGUCUCUGACAAACUCACAGGGUAGUAGAUAACUCCAUCAGUUUCUCCUUUUGCAAUUGAGUUUUGUGGAUUUAAACAAGUCAUAGAUGACAAUAAGUGGCAAUUGAGUUUUGAGGAUUUUAAUAAUAGUUUAAAUAAAAGUGUAUGCGUGGUGAUUAGUACAACACAAAACGUCUCCAGUUUAGAUGGUCAGAUGGGUGGCAUGAGAUUAACAUGUAAUGCUCAAUUAUCUUGCAAUUGUUUUCUCCAAGGGGGUUGCACGCCCCGUCCACUUAUAAACCGCCUCUAGAGCAAAUCGGAUAAUAUCUAGUAAGACGAGAACUAAUUGCCAUCAGUCACUAUUUAUUUUAAUAUAUCUAAAGUCAUUAACAAUAAGUAUGACGACGAACACUAAGAAAUUUAAUAUGUAACA